AUGCGUAAACCGGCGCUCGCUCAGAUCGUAUACAACGCGACCUUUCCACGGCCUCGCACCAGUGAUCCAGGAUCAUUUGCGGCUCAUAUUACCCGGAAUCUGGUACCUGAAGUGCGCGUUGAGACCUCACUUUUCUACGGCUCGCUCGAUUGCAUCGAGGCCCAAUACCCGGGGCUUGACUACUCCCAUAGCCCGCAUCGCAUGCGACUGGGUCGCUUCCCCUGGCACCGCAAGCUCUUCCGUGUCUUCGACGAGCUUGGGCUGACUGACGCGGAAAUCUCUGAUUUGUGUCGGUGGGAGGGUACCAAGUCGGCUCGUGAGCGUUAUGAGUUGGAGGAAGGGGUCAGCGUGCUGGACACCACCGCCUAUGCCAUCCGACCAGCCACCCCGCCGCCUGUUCCCUCGAUCGAGGUUCACUUUGACGACUUCUGCGGGUCAGAAGAGGAACAGGACCUGAUUAUCGAGACACUGAGUGAUGACACCGUCCGCGCGAGCGAAACGCGCACCCCUAGCGAUUUUCCAUCCGAUCAGGAAGACGACGAAGACGAGGGCGAAUACAGCGACGAGGAGGUGGAAAGCUGUGGGGUGGCGCUGAACCAUCGCCUGCUGGCUGCUAUGGCGGCACGCGACCAAGGCGCCGACGUGCCCCUCGACGAGGACUGGGAACAGUGGCUGAAAGAGGCCGGCGAGCGUGGAGGCUAUGGAGAGAUGGUCCACGCCAUUCGAGCGAGUCAGCCCUUGAGUUUCCUUCCCCCUCACCGUCGCGACGGAGCCCGUCGAUCGACCGCUGCGGCCCUCCCCGAUUCAUACCUCUUCUCGACCUCUGGCAGCCUAGUCGCCUCCAAUCAUCCGUCCGGCACGGCCCGAUGA